UUACCUACAGCCAGAAGAAAGCAUAGAAAAAAAAAACUUUACCAUCACCAGAAAUAAAGGAGAAUUUCCUGGUUCUUGUCUUCCUUUAGCUACAACAAAAAUCCCAAGUUUUCUGUCUUUGUUUUUUGUUUUUUCCUUUGAUUAAUAUAAACAAAUAAUCCUGCAUUUGGUGUGUGUGAUGAGCAUCAAGAACUAGGAAUAAGAGUAAGAAAGGAACAAGAGAGUCUCAUUUGGAAGAAAGACAAAGUUUAUUGUAUUUUUUUAUUAAAAGAUCUCUCUUUGUUUUUGUUUUUCUUUUCCCCUUGUUCAAUGUCAAAUAUCACAGGUGAUGAAGGUAGCUUCUCUUCAGAAGCUCAACAACAAGAGAAAGAACAAGAAAGAAACUUCCAUGGCUCAAGCUCUUUGCUUUCAACCAACAGCAAUGGCUCCACUGCUCAACCUCCAGCCAAGAAGAAACGAAACCUUCCAGGAACUCCUGAUCCCAAUGCAGAAGUGAUUGCUUUAUCGCCAAAUACACUUUCGGCCACGAAUCGUUUCGCGUGUGAAAUCUGCAACAAAGGGUUCCAAAGGGACCAAAACCUUCAGCUCCACCGUCGAGGACAUAAUCUGCCGUGGAAGCUCAAGCAAAGAAGCACAACCGAGAUCCGCAAAAGGGUUUAUGUUUGCCCCGAGCCGUCAUGCAUCUACCAUAACCCGGCUCGAGCCCUAGGCGACCUCACCGGGAUCAAGAAGCAUUUUUACCGUAAGCAUGGCGAGAAGAAAUGGAAAUGCGAUAAGUGCUCCAAGAAAUAUGCCGUGCAAUCUGAUUGGAAAGCUCAUUCCAAGACCUGUGGCACCAAGGAAUACAAAUGCGACUGUGGCACCAUUUUCUCAAGAAGAGACAGUUUUAUAACGCAUCGAGCUUUUUGUGAUGCCCUAACUGAAGAAAACAACAAAGCAAGCCAAGGACUAGUAGUACCAAACGUGGGAUCAACAAAUCUACAAGGCCAAGUUGUUGUUGCUGCUGCUGCUGCUGAUCAGCUCAUCCCUGCAAUUCCCAUCAGUAACAACCCGAAUCCAUCCGCCACUAAUAUAUCAGAUCCAUUCUGCAACAACGACACUAAAAGCUCUUUGCAGCAGCCGUUAAACAUGGCCGGAACCAUGUUUUCAAACGGCGUUUCGAAUUCGUCGGCGACCAUAUUCGACGGAAAUUGCGGUCACCUCUUUUCCGGCUCGGCCUCCAUGUCCGCCACCGCCUUGCUGCAGAAAGCAGCUCAAAUGGGUGCAACCAGUAGUACUUUCACCACAAGUACCAUGGCACCACCGUCGUUUGUUUCAAUACAAACUCAUAACAACAACAACAACAACAACAAUCAAUUCAUUGAUCAAAGUUCAGCUGUCAACAACAAUCUUGGGAUGUUUUCAGGGAUUUUCGAGCAAAACAAUGUGUUGUUGAAGAGGGUUGAUACAAUGACUGUUGAUUUCUUGGGUAUUGGUGGAUCGAGACCAGCAAGGAAUCUACUUGAGAAGCAUCAACAUCAUCAUCAGCAACAUCAUGAUUUUGAUCAGUUUGCAGGAGCCAGACUGCAAGGGUUGAGUCCUUUUCAGCAACACGAAGCGUUGGAGAAACCAAUGUGGAAAGUUUGAAAAAAAUUAAAGUAGAGAGAGAG